UUGAAAUACCAUAAUAAAGAAACGUUGACUCGUCCCCAGACCUAUAUCCUCCGUUAGAUUAAUUCAGAAUCAAUCAUAGCCAUCCAUCACCUUGCGAGUACCCUUCAAACCGUUCAUUUUCUCUCUGAUUGCAAUCUGCAAAUAUCGGCGGCACCAUAAUCAAAUUCAUUAUCAGCAAGAAAUCUUGAGAAGCAGAAAUUGAAGAUGUCUGGAGUAACAAAUCAAGAAGAGGACAAGAAACCCACUGAUCAAUCUGCUGCUCACAUCAAUCUCAAGGUCAAGGGCCAGGAUGGCAAUGAAGUUUUUUUCAGGAUUAAGAGAAGCACUCAACUGAAGAAGCUUAUGAAUGCUUACUGUGAUCGUCAGUCGGUGGAGUUCAAUUCUAUUGCAUUUCUGUUUGAUGGUCGUCGGCUUCGUGGGGAGCAGACACCAGAUGAGUUAGAGAUGGAAGAUGGGGAUGAGAUAGAUGCUAUGCUUCACCAAACAGGUGGUGCUGCUGCCUAAUAUAUUGGUUUGUUCAGUUGUUAAUUGGGUAGGGGGACAAUAUUUAGUACUAAGUGGAAUAGGGUCUUUGGAAAAACAAUGGCUAGAGCUAUUUAAGUUACAUGCUGUCCAUCUUUUCAGAACUUUGUUUCUCUAAAUGCCACUUCUCAGUUGUCAUAUUAUAUCUUUAGAGUUGGGGUGAUACCUGAGGCUGGCUCUCUUUGUUCUUAUCUGGUUAAUAACAUAUAUGCUUAUAUA